UAGGUAGUUGUAACUCGUACCGCCUACCGUUCAGACGUGCUUCGUGACGUGCUCCGGCCCAUGAUCAGAUUGUGAGACACCUGCAACAACACGGAACGCCAGCUGAUGCGCAACAGAUAAAGAAAGAGGCUCUCUAACCAGACAUUUGAUACCAGACCGAUACGGAAGGGCCACGGACGUAUAUCAGCAAAUAAAAACACAGGUUGCAAACGCUGAAAACUGGAAAUUCUCGUGGAAAGUGGGUAAAAGUGCCUCUUGAGUGAAAAUUGACGCGGGAGAAAACACAAGUAAGCAACAAAAGCAAAGCCAGAGGUGGAACUGAUCAGCUACUGCAGCGACGUGAGUGGACCAGACACGCAACGCAACUGCACCAAGCGCUGAAAGCUUGUCAAAGCUGUAACAUAACACGGAUCGGAACCUGCAUGCUGUAACGUAAGACAAACUAUCCACAGCAUACUUUCAGGCGUCAACAAAAUAAUAAAUUGUAAAAAUAUAAAAGCUUAACAUAAAAAAAAAAAUAGAACCACAAAGAUGUCACUAAACAGGACUCCUCCAGGUGCAAAGCAGAUGCCCCCAGGUACGCCGCUGGGAGACGUGAUGCAGGCCAUCAACCAAAUGGGCCAACGGUUCGACAAAUUGGCAACAAAGGAGGAUAUAGGGACGUUAAAGUCCCAAUUAGAAUCAGUGUCCGACCAGAUCGAAACUCUUAAAGCGGAGAAUGAGACUCUAAAGCGCGAUUUCCAUCAAUUAAAAAGCGACAGAGAGCAGGACCGAAAGGAGCUUAGCAGACUCGAGCAAAGCAGCAAGGCCCGGAACCUAAUUUUCAAAGGCCUAGAGAAGGAAGAUGCCACAAAGGAGGGAGUGGAAAAAUUGCUACGGGGUAAAAUGGCGAUCCUGAACGUAUCAGUACGAGAAACCCGAGAGCUCUACCAACGAAACAAUAAGAUGGGAGUGCUGGUGGAAAUGGAGAAUGCUUCGGCGAUAAAUGAGCCAACAGCAGCAAGAAAACAAGCUGGCCCUAAUGCAGUUGAAAAAGGAGCUGGUUUCCAUAAACAAGAACCAUAGAGCCUUCGUCAAAAAUGACCAGAUCUGUGUAGAGGGCAAAUGGGUGUCCUUUAACAACGCCCACGAGCUCACUUGCAAAGGAAAGCCAGCUAACUCGAUUCUAAAGGAACUCUAUGGCGCUGCAUUGGAUGAAACCGACAUUACUCACACGCGACUUCUCACCAAAGCCAGGGAAUCAAAAAACUAGAACGGCAAAUACGCACUUAAAACAGCAUACACAUUAAUAUAUUGUCAUACAACAUCGCAGGUUUAGCAAACAAAUAAAUACUUAUGAAAUAUUUUUCCUAUACGAAACAUUUGUCGACCAAAACAUGCAGCAGUACGAACCAUACUUCCCAAAUCAUAUUCUGUCAUGGGAGCCAGUCGUAAGAACGGCAGCUAGAGGAAGAGAAAGUGGUGGUCAACUAAGAGGCAUCCACACAGACUUAGUCGCAUCUGGAUGUUGCAGCUUUCACGACAUCAGUGGCGCAGAAUCUAUAAAAAUCGUAAACGAGGACGAACACCUUCCUCAACUGCAAUGGCUGGCAAGGCUAUUAUGAUCAACUAUGCGACAUGAUCCAAGAGUCCACGAGUUCUAGUGUAAUGGUCGUGGGUGACCUUAAUGCUAGAAUAGGAACACAUCAGGGCACCCCUGUGAGUAAAGACCACGCAGGAAAAUUCGAAAUGCUAAUCAGGGCAGCAAAGGAUAUUAAAGUAGACACCAAUGGCAAGAAUGUAAUAGAGAUGUGCGAGGACAACAGCUUCACGGUCCUUAACGGCAGAACGCAAAGCGGCGGGGACGAAAGUUACACCUUCAAAGGAGGCCAAGCGGUGUCCACAAUAGACUACUGUCUUAUCAAUGGCAUGUGGCAUAAUCGCAUUGAUGAUAUGCAAGUAGUGCCCGAAACUUUCUCGGACCACUUACCGUUAGCGAUACAAAUCGACCUUCGCGCACAACCCAAUCCACACGACAACAAACUGCUCCCGAAACUGCAAUGGAACGAUAGGUACCGACAACAGUACAGAGCCCAACUCGAGCAGAAAAGCGAACGGCAAGACUGCCAACCCGAAGCACCUAAUAUUGAGACCCUAACAAACUGGAUAAAGAUAGCGGCAGCCUGCAUGCAAAAACCCACCCACUAUACAAGAAAACAGCCAUGGUUCGACUCUGAAUGCCAUCGGGCGAGACAAAGAUCAAUGAUCACAUGGAAACGGUCACUUCACACAGGCAAUGCGGAUGAGAAGCGGGAGUACCAAGAAGCCAACACAGCCUUCAAAACAAUGUGCAGAAAAAAAAGGACGACCACUAUAGGAAUAUGGAGCUUAAAGUAAAUAAUAUUAAAGAUAGCAAGGGUUUCUGGGAGUUUGUCAGGAGGUUGAAUGGGAUCAAUAGGAGCAUGCAAAUCAGAGUUGAACCGGACAGCUUAGCGCAGCAUUUUAAAAAUCUACAGGACAACCAAGCGAUACAGCACUAUUUUGCUUUGCCAUAUACCGUAAAUAGAGAGCUAGACCAGGAAAUAUCGCAGUGGGAAGUCAAGGCAGCAGUGAACAAGAGCAAAAACUGUAAAGCCCCCGGAAUCGACCGGAUACCAGCAGAAUUCCUAAA